AUGUAUCCCCGACAGCCGCUGCGCACUGUGCACCAGCAGCAGACGCUCUGGGACGCCAUCGACCAGGUCGUCCGCAUCGGGUGGAUCGGCUACCGCAUCUACUUGUACAUGCACGGGUUCCGGAGGCCAGGCUUCAUCAUCCUCUGGGUGCUAACCCUUAUCAAGGCCGCCCAGAGGGUGGCCACCGUCGAGGUCGCGAAGCGCUCCUUCGCCGUCGGCAAGAACACUCACCUCGUCGUGGGUUACACCGCCCAGAUGCUGGAAGACGAGGACUUGAGAGACGAGCGGGAGGAAGGCGCCGUGCUUCUGAGGAAGUGUUGGUACGCAGUCAUGGGGGAGGACAGGCUCAAGAGGAAAGUCGGCCCCGACGGCUACCGUGUGGAGGUGGAGCUCCCGGAGUCGGACGAGGAGAUAAAGAAGGAUCUCGUCACCGUGGGCGACAUUUGGGAGCUGGCGGAAGGAAGCGACGGCAAGCCGGCGGACAGGUUGCUGACGGACCAUCCCAAACUAAAGGAUCUCUGCCUCGCCUUUGCUCUGUUCAAGCUGCUGCGCGCGAGGUUCGAGAACCUCCACGUCGACAAAGACGUGGUCGUGAAGAACCGCGAUCUCAUCUUCCGAGGGCUCCGCGGCGGUGACGGCGACCAUGACCGCGAAGCGGGCAGCAGCAGCAGCGACAGAGAUGAGGACAGAAGAAGAGAAGACCAUACGGAGAGGGCGUUCCACGUGGUUGAGCUGGAGCUCAACUUCGUCAUGGACUACUACCACUCGGUGGUCCCGGUGGUGCUGUGCAGCCCGUGGUUCCUGGUCGGCAACUACCUCUUUGUGUUCCUCAUCGUGGUGAACCAGGCCAUCAUGGUGCUCUUCAUCACCGGCAAUGGCCGCCUGCUCCAAAUCAUCGGCUGCCUCGCCCGCGACGUCGUCACGCUGUCGCGCCGGGCGAUCGACCUCCUCCGGUGCCUCGGCCACAAGCUGCUCAGGACCGUCAUCAUCGCCUUCUCGUCCUUCAACAUCCUCGUGAGCCUCAUGCUCUUCCUCACCUUCAUCCUCAUGGAGGCGUGGGAGUUCGUGGUGUACGUGCUCUCCGACUGGUUCCUCGUGUCCAUGCUGUGCGAGUACGCGCGCAGGCCCACGUGGCAGUCGUCGCGGUGUGUGAGCAAGUCCUUCCGCGCGCUUCUGUGGGCGAAGCAGGUCGGCAGGCCGCGUGCUGGGAUGUGCUUCAACCAGGUGUGCGUGCUCGACCUUCGCAGGCACACGCCGUGGGUGGUCAUCUCCAAGGUGCUCCGGCACCGGUUCCUUGGCGCGCCGUCAGUGCGCGUCCCGGCGGAGGUGAAGCGCGCGGUGUUCGCCUCCCUCGCGGCGAAGGCGACGGGCGGCGAGCCGCUCAGCAACGGGGUGGCCGUGCUCCACAGCCGCGGCCACCAGGAGCUCCUGAGCGUCACCCACGUCAUCCUCGUGUGGCACAUCGCCACCAGCAUCUUCGAGAUGAAGAACGCCGCGGGCGCGGCGGGGACGACGAGGAGCGCGGAGGAGACGGUCGCCACGACGCUAUCCAAGUACUGCGCGUACCUGGUGGCGUGCGCGUCGGAGCUCCUCCCGGAGAACCAGGAGGGUUCGGAGCGCGUGUACAAGUGCGUGAAGCGCGCCCUUCGGAGCGCGCUGAGCAGGAAGCGGCGGCGGAGCAAGUCGGAGACCAGGUUCGAUCAGGUGAUGAGGAUCGAGGGCCCCGACCCGGACGUGGCGGCGAACAUGGGCGCCGAGCUGGGGAAGCAGCUGCUGGAGGACUGCGGCUUCGAUGGCGGCAACGUUGGGCACGGCUGGGCGCUGCUUGCGGAGCUGUGGACCGAGCUGGUCAUCUACAUCGCGCCGUCGGAGAAGAUCGACGGCCACGCGGAGGCGUUGGCGCAGGGCGGCGAGUUCAUCACGCUGCUGUGGGCGCUUGCCACUCACGCCGGCAUCACCCGCUAA